AUGAACGAGACGGACUCUCGGGAUCGAGCUCUCAUUGCGGUGAUCAUUUCGGCGAGUGUUGUCGUCAUUCUUGGAGUUGGCAUUACACGCUUUAAGGUAACCGAGCGAAUCACCCCAAAUUUCACCCACGUCCGCCAACAGGCCGACCAGGCACUCGCCAACGAAAUGUGGAACAACCAAAUGUUGAACAAUAAUUCAGAAGCAGCGAUUGUUGCAGCUCUCCACAAUCACUAUUCAAAGUUGCUUAAAGGAUAUCAAGCAAUUCGCUACACUCAACCGAAAACGGAUAUUGUUUAUCUAUUGAACAUGAUCACAACAACAGGCGAUUCCCGAGAAACUGAUGUGACUGCAUGGGAAUCAGUUGCCUAUUUCCUGCCGGCUGUCCUCGUUACCGCUUACAUCUAUUCAAUUGCAGCGAAAAUGAUCAGAAAUUGGGUGAAAGGAUUCUUUGAUCCAUCUCAAGCCUCGGAAAGAUACACGAUUGACUACGAUCCAACUCUGGAGUUCGGCGAGUUUAGCGACGAUUUCACCAAUCCAUCGCGGUGUCGGCGCCCGGAGAAAAUCCUGACCGGUGCCCCAGCCGAAUUGUCGCCAUUGAUGGGACAAGUGGGACUGAUUGGAGCAAUUCCAAAAGAAGAAACGGUUCCCAGCAUUCUUUUCAUAAUCUGCCUCACCAUUUACAUCAUUGCCGGCACUAUUCUCGUCGUCGCUUACAAAGAAUACGACUUUUUCACGGCAUUUAUCUCUUUUGUGCGAUUUAUUGCAUUCAUCGAGCCAUUCAGUGUACUCGAUACGAUUGGUGGAUAUCUUGUGCUUUGCAUGUGUUACGGAGGACAGGCUCACGGGAUUGAGGUUUGUCUGGGUCGGCUUGAUCGUUCUCAUCACGAUCCACUCUCAAUUGAUGAUUCAUAUGUGAAUGCUAGACAAAGUGGA